AUGGAGAGACAUCAAAAGCUCAGAGAGAGUAUGAUCGCCGACGAAUUAGCGGUAACAAGAGCGGCAGCAUGGGCUUGGUACCGACGCGGGUCCGGGUCCGAGCCGAAACCCGGGAGCGAGUUCGGCCUCGCGAGGACUCAUCAGUACCGAGUCCCGAACCCGACUCGGUACAAGUUGGAAGCAGAGAGAUCAAGAAGCUCAACUAGUGAUCAUGGUUCUCAUCUUCUCGAUAGGUACGAGAUUGACAGUAUAUCAAGGCAUCUAGAAAAAUACAUAGAGAGGGUUAACAACGGCGAUUUGGGUAGUCACCGGAGGGCGGUGUUUUCGCCCGGAAGUGAAGUAAGCGGGGUGAUCAAGACGGAGGGGAAGAAAGUCGAGGCGCACGAAAACUGGCCCGGACACAACAGCUGCGAAAAAACGGAGGAGGAGAAGAAAAAAAAGAGCAGUAAGGGGUUUUGGUUGACGAGGCAUGGGGUGGCGUGUGGUGGGUCGAGGGAUGACGUGGUGGAGUUUGGUAGAAGAGUAGUAAGGGAGCGGCGGCCGCCGGAGAAGUGUGGUGGAGGGGCGGUUCAGGGUGCUGAAGGGUCGCAGGUUCAAGUCGUGUUAGGGACUUCAGGUUGGUGUUGUGCGAUGAGGUACACAACACCGUGCUGCGCACACCACUGCACAUCACCAUCUCAAAUUCAAUAG